CUCUCUCUCUCUCUCUCUCUCCCUCUCUCCUCCUCUCCGCCGGAUGUUUGCGGGGUUUUGCGGGGCUGUACUCGGGUGGAGGAUGUGGAGAUGUGGAGCUGGGUGUUUUGGGGGAAACAGAUGGCUUCUUUGCGCUGUGUUUUUCUGCCGCUCGACUCGCGCUGAGCUGCUGACCUGCUAAAACUUGCCCCUUUUCCCCGUUUUUUUUUCUUUUCUGGAUUUACUCUGGAUUUGUCUGGAUUUUCCUGAAGUCGGAUAUUUUUUCCAGAUCCUUCCUGCGGUGUGUGUUGACAGCUGGGUCAUGCUUUUGGGUGGUGUGAGGGAUGGUGGUUGCACUGCGCUGCUUGCUGUCUGCAGUGCACACACACACACACACACACACACACACACACACACAGGCACAUCACGCACACAUACAGGCACAUGAACACACACACACACACGCACGCACACUCUCGCACACACACGCACACACACUAAUGGCGCGUGCAACAAAGUUGCGGAGCUGUAACUAAAAUCAGAGGCUCGAUGUUACACCUGUUCACGUUUGCGCGGCCAUUUUGGAUCUGGACAACACACAUGGAUCAGCUGAGCGGGGGCGUGUUCGCUGUGGCAUUACGGCUCUUUGCGUCCAAGGUCACACUGUAGCUGAUUCACGGAUCAUCCACGCACACGCGCUCACGCACAAACACGCACGGGGUCGCGCAUGGCCGCGUGUGCGUUACUGUGAUCGCGCCGCGGGGUUGGUUGUUUCUUUUUUUUUUUCUUCUUCUUCUUCUUCUUCUUGUUUGUUGUUACUCUGUCUCUCUGUCUCUUUUUGUGGAUGGGAAAAAAGGAUCCAAAAUGGAAGGGAAGAAAGUGAAGCAGACGCGGAGGUCCCGCACGCACCGGGAGCGCGUGCGGCGGCGGGAGGCGCGCACAGAACCGAGUCCGGCUUCCUCCGGAUCCGAGCGCGAGCGCGAGCGCAGGGCCGCUGCCGCUGCUGCUGCUGCUGCUUCCGCUGCUCAUGUGAGCCAGAACGGCAGGAAAUCCGCUCACUCCGCGUCCUCCUCCUCAACAACAUCGUCAUCGUCAUCAUCAUCAUCAUCGUUUACAUCUUCAUCACCCAUCAUCUCCUCAGCAGUGUUCUCCUCCAGAGGCUCGCGAGGAGCUCCACGCCGGAAGCGCCGCGUCUCGAGCUCUCAGGAUGAAGCAGAAGAAGAGGAGGAGGAGGAGGAGGAGGACAUCAUUGACGGCUUCGCCAUCGCCAGCUUCUCCAGCCUGGAGGGUCUGCAGCAGAGGAACGGCUCGGUGAAGCUGAACAGCAGCAGAAAGGAGAGGAGGUGGGAGACAAUGGCCGCUGUUAAACGACAGAAACCAGCGGAGGAGGAAAAGGAGGAAGAAGUGAAGGAUGAGGUGGAGGAGAACGGCUUCGACCUGCCCAACAACACGGAGCACACGCAGGAGAGACUGCUGCAGAGAACCUACUCCAACAAGAACAAACGGUUUAAAAGUGUCCUCAGUCAGACGGUGAGGUCGGUGACGGAGCCCAAAGUUCCUGAUGUGAACUCUACAGCCAACCGGAGCAGCUCCAAGGACCGCCUCAGUGAGAGCUCCACACACUCUCUGUCAGGACGUGGUUAUUCGUGUGACAGCGAGAGUGACAUCGACGACAAGGCGUCUGAUGUCGGAUCGGAGAAGCUCUUUUCCCCGACUGCUCCUAAAGCUGUGACGUCGAAUGAGAGCCUCGAGUCGAAGAUCUGCGGCUCGCCUAAAAUCUCAGGCCUCCAGCGCAGCCAGGAACAGAGCACCGUUGUCUCUUUUGCCCCGCCCACAUCGAGUCCCGCCCCUACGGGCAGCCCCAUCCCUGCUGCCACGGCAACGCCCAAAUCUCCUCCUCCAGUCAUCAUCAAGAAGGAAUCCACGCCGUCUUCUAACCCUGACCCCACCCCACACUUUAUAAGGAGCCAGUCAGAUCUACAGGAUCACAAAGUCACGCCCCCGAGCCACCACAGCCAACCAAUCAUCAGCCACCACCAUCCUCCGGCCACCAAUCAUCUGACAUACGGUCUCCACGACAUCAGCAACAGCCCCUCGUCACUGCCCCCCAAACACCCCCUCCCCCCCUCCCCCGCUCCCCCCCUCCCUCUCUCCAUCGCCGCUCUGUCGUCUCCUCAUUACCCCCUUCGCUCCUCCUCUCAUUUAUCUCCCUUAUCACGCCAUCCGGCCAUGUUCGCCCCCCCAGCCGCCCUCCCCCCUCCUCCUGCUUUACCCACCAACAGCCUGGUGGUCCCCGGACACCCGGCCGCCACGCCCUACCCAGAGCAUCAUGACCUCCUCCGGCAGGAGCUGAACAACCGCUUCCUGGUUCAGAGUUCCGAGCGGGGUCGGGGGUCGGCGCCGGGGGCGACCGGCUCGCCGUUGUCCCAAAUGUCGCUCCUGAGGGCGGAGUUUCACCAACACCAGCACAUGCACCAGCAUCAGCACACGCAUCAGCACACCUUCACGCCUUUUCCCGCCAUCAUUGGGCCGCCCACUGCACCGCCCAUGGUGCGUACCGCAGCCAGAAAUUUUGACAAGUACGCUCCGAAGCUGGACAAUCCCUUCUUAAGGCAGUCGAGUUUUUUCUCCUCGUAUCCUCCAGCGAUGCCGGGAAUGCCUCCUCUCCUCCCUCACCCCGGUCCCUUCAGCUCCCUACAAGGAGCCUUUCAACCAAAGGCCUCAAACCCCAUCGAUGUAGCAGCGAGACCAGGAGCAGUUCCUCACACUCUCCUACAGAAAGAUCCACGGCUAUCUGACCCUUUCAGGACCUCAGUGAGGAAGCCGGGUAAAUGGUGCGCAGUUCACGUGCAGAUCGCCUGGCAGAUCUACCACCAUCAACAGAAGAUGAAGCAGAUGCAGUUGGAUCCUCAUAAACUGGAUAUAACCGGUAAACUGGACCUGUUCAGCAGACCUCCUGCUCCGGGCGUGUUCCCCGGGUUUCCCUAUCCUCACGACCUCGCCAGACCUCUCUUCCCAUCUACAGGAUCCGGGCAUCCUGCCACCUCACCGUACGGCCCCGCCCCUCACAGCAGCUUCCUGCCUCCCACCCAUUUGGCAGGUAAGCAUGCUUUCAGUCGCUCCAGUUCCUUCGGAAACCUCGGCAACCUUUCAGCUAACGCCUUUGGCGGGCUAGGAAACCCCGCCCUCGGUUCUAACAGUGUGUUCGGACCUAAAGACGGACCGGCGCUGCCCGGAUUCAGCAGUCCGAGCCAGGACUCGUGGAACCGACUGCACAGAACGCCGCCCUCCUUCCCACAGUGGCCCAAAGUGAGCGACGGAGAGAGAAGCAGCUCGGCUAACAGCCACGAACGAGAGAAAGAGAGGGAGCGGGAGAGAGAGAAAGAGAGAGAGAGGGAGAAACGGGACUCGUCUAUCGGGAAGGACGAGAAAGACAAAGACAGGGACAAUCGCCACUCGAAUCGUUCCUCUCCUGCCUCUGCUCCUGUCAGUUAUCAGAUCAGUAACCUGAUUCGCUGCAGCAGCGGAGGAGGAAGUGAUGCGGGCCGUAACCAUGGCGACCGUCCCCGCGGCGACCCCGAGAGGGAGGCGGUGGUGUUGUCCGAGGUGAGAGCGAAGGAUCGGAGUCGUUCACCGACGAAAGAGUGCAGCGAACGCAGCGCCUCGUCUUCCUCCGUCGACUCGUGCAAGCCCAUCCUCCGCUCGCCGUCUCCGUUCUCCAAGAACAAAAACGAGCCCGUGGGAAUCCCGAUGUCUGACAGGAAGCUGUCGUCACCCGGAGCGCCGAUCCACAAGCUCAAAAACGACACGACGAAGAUCAAAGAGGAGCGCAAAGAACAGGAACAGGAACAGGAAGUGCUCGUGCUGGGAUCCGAGCCUCCCCCGCCUCAAAAUCUGAAUCAAAACCAGGCUCCGCCUCUUCCUCCUCAUCACCAGGCUCCGCCCCCAACGAUCCCGCACUCUCUGCCGUUCAUGCACCAGAUGGGCGGGCUGAACGUGCUCGACCGCGCUCGUCUGGCUCCAUUUGUGGGCGUCGGCCAUUUUGCGGCGACGGCGAAUCGCGACCGUUUUCCUCAUCCCGCCUUCUCGUGGGACCCUCUUCGCGAGGCGUAUCGGAAUUUGGACCUUCAGCGGAGAAUGGACUUCCAAAUCCGGUCCGAGACAGGGAACCGAUUCCCGGGGAUCUACGAGGCGGAUCGGAACUACCGGGACCGGGAACCACACGAAUACUCGCACCAAGAUCACUUGAUCGAAGUGCGCAGGGAGCAGGAGAGGAUCAGACAGCAGGCUGAAGAACGAGAGCGACUGCACUUGCGUGACGAAUUGGAACGCGCCCGACUUCACCAACUCCAUCAGUCUCCGAUGGAGGGGCACUUACCUCACAUGCCCCCUUUUUUGCCUCAUCUAGGGGCAAUGCCGUACCGCCCGCCCCCGACAGCAGCGCUCAGCGCCCCCCCGCCUCUCGUCCCCUCCGUCCGUCCCAAUUCUCCGAGACGGACUACGCAAGACACGAGGGAAUUUUCCCCAUCGCGUAAUCCUAAAGAGGUGGAGGCGCGAUAACAUGGCGGAAAGACUUCGUUUGACAUGCACUUAUUAUGUAUCAUUUGUACAAAAGAAAGAAUUUGUACCUCGGAUUAAAAAGCACAUGGUUAUGCUUGUAUUUUAUAUCGACGUGGACGAGGGCGAGGACAAAAACGGGGACGAGUCACGAGGAGUUUGAUAUUAACGUUAAUAUAUUAAUCCAACAGCCUUUUUAUUUUCUGCGUGAUAAAGUGAAGAUGAGUUUGUACUUCUUUUCCUAUUUGCUUUUUGCGUGUACAGACCAUGUUAUUUUUUACGGAUUAGCGUUCGAUCUGGCGUCGCCCCCGUAUUUAACCCCGAUUCGCUGUUGGACAUGUUGUCGAUGUUCACUGAAGAAGCUGGAUGGAUGUUCCUGUUGGAGAACAGUCUUAACCCUUUUUGCUCUAACGGUACCUGAGGAUAGUGCUGAGCGUGUACGAUGUUACAUAACCAGUUCUCUCUGUUUUUGCCUGUUUUGCUUUGCAGACGAAUAUGUAUUACGAAUAUUCCCGUUCGGUUUCU